UCUAUAUAUCCAGGGAAUAUGGAUUUGUGUUGUGCAUUCUGUGAAACAACUUAAAAAAAGGAGAGAUCAUUUUAGUCCCGUUGACUGAGGGAGACACAGAAGAUUCUGAGAGUUUUGAGCUGUCAACUGAAAUUCAGACGUGAAGAUGAUGAGGAUGAACAUCCGAUGUUCAUUACUGCUGCUACUAGCUCUAUCAACAAUGAUGGUGAAGGGAUCGCCUGAUUCUUCCACAACAAUAGCCAAUCAUAAGUACAAGUCCUAUGCAGACACACUCCGACGUAACCUCCUUGCUAAUGGUCUUGCUAUCACUCCUCCCAUGGGGUGGAAUAGUUGGAAUCAUUUCAGUUGCCAAAUAGACGAGAAAAUGAUCAAAGAGACGGCUGACGCCCUGGUUUCGACUGGUCUUUAUAAACUUGGUUAUACUUAUGUUAACAUAGACGAUUGCUGGGCAGAAAUAGCUCGUGAUGAGAAGGGUAAUCUUGUGCCUAAGAACUCAACCUUUCCGUCUGGGAUUAAAGCUCUGGCAGAUUAUGUUCAUAGCAAAGGUCUUAAAUUAGGAAUUUACUCUGAUGCGGGGUAUUUCACUUGUAGCAAAACUAUGCCAGGAUCACUUGGUCAUGAAGAACAAGAUGCUAAGACUUUUGCUUUGUGGGGCAUUGAUUAUUUAAAGUAUGAUAAUUGCAAUAAUGAUGGCACAAAGCCAACUGUUAGAUACCCUGUGAUGACUCGUGCUCUGAUGAAGGCAGGCCGACCUAUAUUCUUCUCACUUUGUGAAUGGGGAGACCUGCAUCCUGCUCUUUGGGGUGCUAAGGUAGGAAAUAGCUGGAGAACCACCAAUGACAUUUCUGAUAAUUGGGAAAGUAUGAUUUCAAGAGCAGACAUGAAUGAGGUUUAUGCUGACCUUGCAAGGCCUGGCGGUUGGAAUGAUCCUGACAUGCUUGAGGUGGGUAAUGGAGGGAUGACGAAAGAUGAAUACAUAGUCCACUUUAGCAUUUGGGCGAUGUCCAAGGCACCUCUCCUUCUCGGUUGUGAUGUGAGGAAUAUGACAAAAGAGACGAUGGAUAUUGUAAUGAAUAAGGAGGUUAUUGCUGUUAACCAAGAUCGACUUGGUGUUCAAGCUAAGAAGGUUAGGAUGGAAGGUGACCUUGAGAUUUGGGCAGGGCCUCUGUCAGGCUACAGAUUAGUUGUUCUACUGCUCAACCGAGGGCCAUGGCGCAAUUCUAUUACUGCCAACUGGGAUGACAUUGGACUUGCCCCCAACAGUGUUGUUGAAGCAAGAGAUUUGUGGGAGCACAAGACAUUAAAGAAUCAUUUUGUGGAGAACCUGACAGCAACUGUGGAUUCACAUGCUUGCAAGAUGUAUAUCUUGAAGCCUAUUUCUUAAAGAGCCAAAGCAGUAAUGCCAUGGGCAUUUCGAGAAAUUGACAUUGAUUCUUGGAUGAAAAAGAUCCAAAUAACUGGCAUAAGUCCAAGUGAUAUUCUUUGGUAUUUUUAUUUUUCUGAAAGGAUUUGUUAGCAUCACCUAGGAAUUAUACUUUGAUGGUGAACUAAUGUUUUGUUGGUCUGAUAUGAAAACGGUAAGGUUCCAUAUUAA